GAGAUCAUGUCGCUUCAAUGUUCACCAUACACUCCGCUUCACAAAGCUUGAGUUUCAGCAUUUCGCCUAGUAGCAGUUUCUAUGGAUUGCAAAAGUCUAAUACGUAGGUAUGUUCUUGUAGCUCAGCCCUCAAAAUGGGCCCAGCCAGGUCACCGAGUCGUUGUUCAGUCUCCGGUGCUAAACAUUGCAAACGAGUCACUCAUACCGGUGAGACGAUUCGAAGGCAAAGAUGAGAAUUCGGUUUGUUUCAUGCCCGUACAAGAUAUCGAAAAGGAUGGGAGUAUUGCCUACAAAAACUUAGGGAUUGCUAUGGAGGCCACCCAGAUGGAUGCUCAUGGCAUGGCAUGGAUUCAAAGCGACUCUGAAUUCGACUACCAACCUGGUGACCGAUUUUGGCUGUUCAUUACUGCCAAAGGAGACGACUACGAAAAUAAUGUUCCUGUCAUCAACCUACGAACUAUGGAAACAGGAUCAGUACCUAUUUCUCAUGUAUGUUGGUUUCCAAAGAUGCGCGGACCCGGCAAUGAAGUAUGGACAUUCGGGGGCAACAUCAGAAAGCUCAAGCUCCAUGGCAGAAAUAAUUUUACUCUCUGGAUUUGGGGCAUAUGCCAAUAUUUGGACGGCCAGCCAGCAACGACUAGAUAUAUUCAAGUACCCGAAAAGAAUGUCGACACUGAUGAACAACAGUGGUUGAAAUCCUCCAACGCUGAGUCUCUAUUUUCUCACAUCUAUAAGAGCAUGACAAAAGAUUGUCAGCAGAUAAUUUCCCCAGUGCUGUCUCCGCUUCGAGCAACAAAUUGCAGUAUUUUACCAAAAGGCUUACACACACCACCAAUUUCGCCAUGUAUGGGCCAUCCCCGGCCAUUGAAUGAAGAUACCAAUUUUACACCAAGGCUAGCAUCUACAGAGUUGAAUUCUGCCUGGAAAAAUAUCAUGAAUCUCGCGUCUAAAGGAACACCAAGGCCCAUUCGGAGUAGUCUCAUACACCCGCAGAGAAUCUUAUCCUCACCUGAUCGCAGGAAAUUUCGUCGAACGGACGUUAAUGAUAGUCGGAGUGGUUUGGGUCAUUUCGACAGCACUGCUAGAUCAUCCAACAGGUCUCCUUCUUUAACCAUGGAGAAUAGUAACUUUCGUGUUCCCAACGAUGAUUUAAUGGAAUUAUUGGCAGAUCGAGAUGGAGGAGGUAUACGUUGCGCAUUACGCCUCCUGGAUUGGACUCGAAAGCAGGUCGAAGAGAGUCGAGCGAAAGACGCAGAUCAUGCGAGACUUUCGGCCGCACACCCACUUCUUAGGAGCAACCCUACAAUAUUGUUCGAGAGAUACCAGACGAAGAGAAACCUAUCAGCUAUCACAGAAUUGUGCGAUCGUGGGAAGGACGAUUGCGAAUGGUCACUCCGUUUUACUUCGAAGCAUCAUCAUCCCGACCAAAAGAAAUGCACCAUAACGAAGAAAAUUCGGGAGCACGAGCAUUGCAUCUCAUCAUUACGGCCACUUCCCAGCAGGGCAGGUCCCUGUCUUCUUAUUGAAGGCGCACAGGAGCAUCAAUGUUGCACUUGGGAUGAUAAAGACACGAAAGACUUGUCGGUUGCCGUGAAAGAAUUCGAUAAUGUGAAAAUUAUGGAAGCUAAAGACAAUUGCACGCUUAGUGAUGAAAAGGGCAUUGAAAUUCCAGAUCAAUUCAUCGAUGAGAGCAAGAAGAUCAAGGAAGAGAAAUGGAUUCCUCCACAUUUAUUUGAAGAACUAUAUGAUGGGGAAGGGAAAUGGUUGCGAGAUGAGCUUGAUAAAGGAAAUUUCCAUGACGAAAUUCUUGAAUUAGAGAAGAUGCAGGAUGGUGAACAGGAUCAAGGUCAAAAUCAGGAGGAGCAGCAUCCCGAGAAUUGUCUUAGCUACAUGUGAUGGUUACUAAAUUCUAAAUAAGUAUUAGCUUGCAAAUAAAUACGAUAUCGAUACCCCAUCAUACAGACUCAUCAUCAUCAACCAGCACAGGAGCUUGUAUAUUUCUUCAGAUAUUGGAAUAGUCUGUUGUAUCAAUACUCAAAUCUAAACCAUUAUAGUUCCUAAAUUCCCAUUUCCA